GCUAACAGAAGCUGUAGUUGCAAAAGUGCCAUGAUAUGAGUGAGCAAACUGCUCGGUAUCUAUGGAAGGAAAACAUCGGCCUCCGAAAUUCUGCGCUAUCUGUCAUCUAUACUUCAAGAGAAAUGGCACUCAUCGAAAUGUGGUGGGGAAGUUGUUUGAGGACGAUGAGAAGAUAGUGAAGCGGUGGGUAGAGUUGGAAAGAGGCAAUAAGCGCGUAUCGUCUAGCGAUGAGAUUUGUGCGGCCUAACAUCAUUGCGGAACG